AUGCCGCCGCCAAAGCCUCUUGGAACCACAAAGGUCGCCGGCCGCCCGCUGCCGCCUCUUCCCAAGCUGCGUGUCCGGAACCCCAACAAGAGAGAGGGCAACCCGUGCGUCGGUAUCAUGACGUCCGUUCUGAGCUGCUGGGCAUCCUCGGGAUACAACGUUGGUGGCUGUGCGGCAAUCGAGGCGCAACUGAGAGCCUGCAUGGAUGCGCCGAGACCUGCCGCUAAGAAGAAGAACGCCAUCAACUACCACUUGUCGCGCAUGUAUCCCAAGAUCGUCGGUCCUCACAAGCGGAAGUAA